AUUAAUUUAAGAAUGAAAAUCCAUGAGAGAGAGAGGGAGAGAAAAGGAGGCACAGGGGUUUGACUUGGAAGAGAACAGGAAAACCAAAGGCAAAGGGCAAAUUGAUCUCUUUGCUACUGUUUCUCUUUAUUCUUUUUUUGUCUGAGAAAGGAACCAACAACACCCAGAAAAAGAAAUCCGAAUGACCCAAGAAAAACCAAAAACUAAUACUUCCAAUACAGCAGAUUGUUAACAUAUACUACAAAACUUACUCUUCCCUCUCUCUCUCUCUUUUCACUCAGAUUCAAUCCAAUGAUUAGUUGCCGAUUGUGAAGAAAUCACAUGGAAUAUGAUGAGGAAUGAUGCUUAGAUUUAAGAAAUGGGGUGUGUUCUAGGUAGAGAGGUAUCCUCUGGCAUAGUUUCAGAGUCUAGAGAGGUCAAGCACCCGAGUGUUGAAUCCAGUAGAACACUAGACAAUGAUUCUGCGACAAAGACUGAUACUAGUAGUUUUGUUGAGAUUCAAAAUGAGGAGUCCCAGAAAGAAGAUAAAAGCGAGGGAGAUAAAAAAUCUAAGGCGGAGAGGAGGAGGUCAAGGCCAAACCCUAGGUUGAGUAACCCACCAAAGCAUUUGCGUGGUGUGCAGGUUGCAGCUGGAUGGCCGCCCUGGCUAUCAGCAGUGUGUGGGGAGGCUCUCAAUGGAUGGAUUCCACGGCGGGCUGACACAUUUGAGAAGAUUGAUAAGAUUGGGUCAGGAACAUAUAGCAAUGUGUAUAAAGCUAGGGAUUUGUUAUCGGGUAAAAUUGUUGCCUUGAAGAAGGUUCGAUUUGAUAAUUUGGAACCUGAAAGUGUGAAGUUUAUGGCAAGAGAGAUCCUCAUUCUGCGGAGACUGGACCAUCUGAAUGUUGUAAAAUUGGAGGGUUUAGUUACAUCCAGGAUGUCAUGUAGUUUGUACCUGGUAUUCGAGUACAUGGAGCAUGAUUUAGCUGGACUUGCAGUGAGCCCAGGAGUAAAGUUCACAGAGUCACAGGUUAAGUGUUACAUGCAUCAACUAUUAUCUGGUCUUGAGCACUGCCACAACCGUGGUGUGCUACAUCGUGAUAUCAAAGGAUCAAAUCUUCUUAUUGACAAUGAAGGAAUACUUCGCAUUGCUGAUUUUGGAUUGGCAUCUUUCUUUGAUCCCAAUCACAAGCAUCCAAUGACUAGUCGGGUAGUUACUCUAUGGUAUCGUCCUCCUGAACUUCUUCUUGGGGCUACAGAUUAUGGUGUUGGUGUCGACCUCUGGAGUGCUGGUUGUAUAUUAGCUGAGUUAUUGGCUGGAAAGCCCAUUAUGCCAGGACGUACUGAGGUAGAGCAAUUGCAUAAGAUAUACAAGCUAUGUGGUUCACCUUCAGAUGAGUACUGGAAGAAAUCAAAGUUACCGCAUGCAACCUUAUUUAGACCUCGAGAGCCUUACAAAAGAUGCAUACGAGAGACAUUUAAAGAUUUUCCACCAUCAUCACUUCCUCUCAUUGAAACUCUUCUUGCAAUUGAUCCAGCUGAACGUCAGACAGCCACAGCUGCCCUAAAAAGUGAAUUCUUCACAACAGAGCCUUACGCUUGCGAACCUUCUAGUCUCCCAAAAUAUCCCCCAAGUAAGGAGAUGGAUGCUAAACGAAGAGAUGAUGAAGCUCGAAGGCAAAGAGCUGCUGCUAAAGCCCAGGGUGAUAAUUCAAAGAAACCGCGGACACGUGAUCGUGCUCCUCGGCCAAUGCCUGCUCCAGAGGCCAAUGCAGAGCUUCAAUCUAAUAUUGAUAGGAGACGGCUGAUUAAUCAUGCGAAUGCAAAGAGCAAGAGUGAAAAGUUUCCUCCACCUCACCAGGAUGGGGCGCUUGGCUAUCCUAUAGGAGCAUCUCAGCAUAUUGAUCCUGCAUUUGUUCCUCCUGAUGUCCCAUAUAGCUCCACUUCGUUCACCUAUUCAAAAGAGCCAGUUCAAACAUGGUCAGGACCAUUGAUUGACCCCGCCAGCGCUGGCGGUCCACGACGAAAGAAAAAUGCAGCAGGCAGAUCAACAGGAAACUAUAUAGAUCGAUUAAAGGGGAAGCAAAGCGUGGCUUGAAUACAUACAUUGAGAAUCCAGACUUGUGAAAACUGGCAAUUGCCUAUACAUGAAAAGAUGCUGCCAUUUAGUGCAAGUUUGCUUACACGUGAAAAGAGAGAUAAUACAACUUCUAUUUGAUUAAGAAGAAAAAAUUGCACUUUUGGGGGUGGAAUCAAUUUUUCCAUACUUUUGUUUUCCAUUUUCAUGAUAGAAAAAUUCGUUUCUUUUCUAUUGGGAUGGUGAUAAAAUUCCAUUGAUGUGUAUAUUUUUGUUAUAUUUUAUUUUUUCACAUUUUUAAGGUUCCUCUGUGUUGAGACUAAGUUUUGUCUAAUUUAGUGGAAAAAAAUUAAUAAAUUCUCAGGAGCCCUUGUUCUUCUGUUUUUCCUUC